AUGCCCCGAAGGACCACGAAAGCGAAGAAUAAGAGACCCGCAGAAUCCAAAGAAGUUCCGGAUGCCGAUCCUCCUUCUCCAAGCAAAAGAAAGAAAGCACCCCAGGACAAGCCAUCUCAUUUCCAUUGCUACCUUCUUCGGUCCUGUGAUCCCAAGCAUCCCUACAAGACUUACAUUGGAUUUACAGUCAAUCCGCAUAAUCGAAUCCGUCAGCACAAUGGAAUUCUAAAGGCAGGCGGAGCCAGAAGGACCAAGCGAUCAGGAAGACCGUGGGAAUUUGUGGCGAUUGUUCAUGGAUUUCCCGACAAAAUCGCUGCAUUGCAAUUUGAAUGGGCCUUUCAACAUCCGGGUAGAUCCAUUCAUGUCAGAGAUUCACUGGGAGAUCGGGAGGCGGCUUCCCUGGGACGGAAGCGAGGGGCCAAAAGCAAGCUCACUCUACUCAAGGCCAUGCUGACGGAAUGCGAAAGUUAUUCAGCGUAUCCUCUUUCCGUCUAUUUCCUGGAGGAUCAAUGGAAGCAGGACUAUAUCAGUGCCAAAUACGACAAUAACCAUGAUUGUACGGCUAUCCAUCCUCUCCAUAGCAUUGCUGCCCUAGAAGAAAUGCCAUUUUGGAAGAAGAAGCCGGAAAGGGCCCAGAAAAGGAAACCCAAACAGACUUCCGCCAACCACGACAAUUCUAUAGAAGUUUCAGAAGGUUCAUCCAGCGAUCCUUCUACAAGGAAUAGUGCUACUUCCCACAAUAGACCCUUGAAAAUGACUUGCUUGUCCUGUGGGUCUAGCACCAGUCCAUCCAAUGCAGUGAUUUGUCCCAUUUGUGCCUCGUGCGUUCAUGAGUUUUGUCUUGAACAACACUAUGAAAACAAGCAAAACUGGAACAACCAACAAGCGCAAUGUCUGUCCUGCCAAGCCAACCUCGACUGGACCCCUGACAGCGACAUGGAGGCCGCCGAUGCGUUUCAAGGAGACGACGAUAGCGGCGACGAUGUUGAUGAUAGGAAUGAACACCGGUGGGAUUCGGAUGACGAAUCGGAUGAAGAAAUUGAACGCAUCCGGCUCAAGGUUAGCCGACGCCUUUCUAUCGAAGGCAGCCCAAACAAAAAGGAAGAUUCGGACACAAGAUUAAAAGAUCCACCAGCAGUCUCCUACGAUAGCUCGGAUAUGUCGUCAGACUUAUCUGACAACAGCGAAGGCCAAGCAAUAAAGCAAGCAACAAUUCGCAACCAGGAUGAAUCAAUGUUCAUGUCGCCGAAGCCUCCUCCAGCACGCAGAAUGCGCUUUCUCUCUCCUACCUAUUCUUCAAGCAGCGAGAGUGACGACUGUGGCUUUGCGAGAAGAAGGAGCAAAAGCAAACGUUGCUCCAUUCUCAUUAUCGACUCAUCAUCAUCGGAAGAGGAGGAGGAGGCGGCCAUUCCAGACAAACAUGUACCAGCACCAGAGGAAAAAUGCAAACGACAGGGACAGCCAAAGGCAGACGACGUGGUGGAUCUAUGCUCGCCCUAA